CGAGAGGCUGGAAGGGAGGGAGGUCAGCGGCGGGAGGGAGGAAGGCGGCGAGCGCUGGCGAGCAUGGCAAGCGGGGAGAGGCGGCGGCCAACGGCGGGGCGAGCGCUGCUGUCCGCCUUGCUGCUGGGCCUGUGGUGCCGGGCGGCGGCGGAGCGGCUCCGCUACACCAUCGCCGAGGAGCUGGGCAGAGGCUCGCUGGUGGGGCCGCUGGCGCGGGACCUGGGGCUGAGCCCGGCCGAGCUGCCGGCGCGCAAGCUGCGGCUGAGCGCGGAGAAGAGCUACUUCGGUGUGAACGCGGAGAGCGGAGACUUGUACGUGAGUGAGAGGCUGGACCGGGAGGAGAUGUGCGGCGAGUCGGUGUCCUGCUCCGUCAGCUUCGAGGCAGUGGUGCAGAAUCCGCUCAACGUCUUCCACGUCGAGGUGGCCAUCCAGGACGUCAACGACAACUCCCCGAGCUUUCCCCGAGACGCUUUCCAGCUGGAGAUCAACGAGUUGACUUCUCCCGGCGCCCGCUUUUACUUGGGCGUUGCCGAGGACCCGGACGUGGGCAGCAACUCGCUGCAGGGCUACGAGCUGGAGGACAACGAGUUCUUCGCGGUGGAGUCGAAGGAGAGCCCGGACGGCAGCAAGUUCGCGGAGCUGGUGCUGCGCCGUGCGCUGGACCGGGAGCGGGAGCAGAGGCUGUGUCUGGUGCUGAGGGCUGUGGACGGCGGCGAUCCGCCGCGGAGCGGCACCGCCCAGCUCUGCAUCAACGUCACCGACGCCAACGACAACGCGCCCGUGUUCGCGCAGGAGCGGUACCGCGCCAGCCUGCGGGAGGACGCGCCGCCGGGCUCGGCGCUGCUCAACGUCUCCGCCUCCGAUGCCGACGCGGGCACCAACGCGCGCAUCACCUACGGCUUAGGGGAGAUGUCGUCUAAGGUGCUUCAGAAGUUCGUGUUGGAUCCGGAGAGCGGAACGAUCACGCUGCGGGAAGCGCUGGACUUUGAGGACACGCGGUCUUUCAGCCUGGCGGUGGAGGCGAGGGAUGGGGGUGGUCUGGUGGCGCACUGCAAGGUGGAAGUGGAGGUGCUGGACGUGAAUGACAAUGCGCCCGAGGUGACACUGACGUCAGUGUCGAGCCCGGUGCCCGAGGACGCUCCGGUGGGCACGGUGGUUGCCCUGCUGAAAGUGCGGGACCGGGACUCUGGGGAGAACGGUCAGGUGUGGUGCGAGCUGUCGGGCGAGUCGCCGGUGUCGCUUGUGUCAUCGUCGGGCGGGUCGUAUAAGGUGGUGACGUCGGUGCCGCUGGACCGGGAGCAGGCGGGCGAGCACCGUGUGACGGUGUUGGCCAGGGACCGGGGCGUGCCGUCGCUGUGGAGCCGCGCGUCGCUGUCGCUGGAGGUGUCGGACGUGAACGACAACGCGCCGGUGUUCUCGGAGGCGGCGUACAGCGCCUACGUGUGGGAGAACAACGCGGCGGGCGCGCUGCUGGUGCGCGUGUCGGCGCGGGACUUGGACGCGGGCGCCAACGGGCGCGUGAGCUACUGGCUGGCGGGCGGGAGCGCGGUCGGGGCGUGCGCGGCGUCGUCGGUGUCGGUGGAGGCGCGGAGCGGCGCGGUGUACGCGCAGCGGUCGUUCGACUACGAGCAGUGCCGCGAGCUGUCGGUGUCGGUGCGGGCGCAGGACGGCGGGGCGCCGUCGCGGAGCUCGACGGCGACGGUGCGCGUCUUCGUGCUGGACCGCAACGACAACGCGCCGCGGGUGCUGUGGCCGGCGGCGGGCGCGGGAGCGGCGGGCGAGGCGGGUUUGGCGCCGGGUGCGGCGCCGUUCGAGGUGGUGCCGCGCUCGGCCGAGGCCGGCUACCUGGUGGCCAAGGUGGUGGCGGUGGACGCGGACGCGGGGCGCAACGCGUGGCUGUCGUACGAGCUGGUGCAGGCGGCGGAGCCGGCGCUGUUCCGCGUGGGGCUGCACAGCGGCGAGGUGCGCACGGCGCGGGCCGUGUCGGAGCGGGACGCGGCCAAGCAGCGGCUGGUGGCCGUGGUGAAGGACCACGGGCGGCCGGCGCUGUCGGCCACGGCCACGCUACACGUGGUGCUGGCCGAGAGCUUGCAGGAGGCGCUGCCGGAGCUGAGCGAGCGGCCGUCGGGCGCCGAGGCGGCGGCCGAGCUGCAGCUGGGGCUGGGGCUGGCGCUGGCGCUCCUCUGCGCCCUUUUCGUGCUCAGCGUGGCGCUGGCCGUGCUGGCGCGGCUGCGCGGGGCCGGGCCGCCCGCCGUGCUGCGCUGCCUGGGCGCGCAGCGCUUCUCCGGGGCGGGCGCCGCCUUCCCGGCCGACUUCUGCGAGAGCACCUUGCCCUCCUCCUACAACCUGUGCGUGGCGCCGGGCCGCGCCGUCGCCGACGUCGCUUGGCUGCCGCCGCCGCUGCCCAGCCUGCCCGCGGAGGAACUGCUCGGCGGGGAGCCCUGCGGGAAGCGGAGCGAGAGCAGCAGCGCCGGCGCGGGAGAGCCGCACGACCACCCCGACGCACCGCAGGUCUGUAACCCGCGCUUUCUCGUGAGACUUUCUGAACCGCCGUUCUCUCUCCCCGUUUUAUCUUAAUGUUGUGAAUGUCAACAGAACCGUUGGUUCUUUCCAUUUCAGUAUCAAACUCUGAAUGAAAACGUGUCUGUGUGUCUCCUGAAAUGUCAUAUUCUUCAUCCGUAGUUAAUUACAG